UAAUAAUUGGUCCAUGGAGAUAUUAUUAUAAUAUAAGAAUAUUCUUAGUAUUUUGGUGAUUGGGGACAAUAACAUUUACGUUUGGCCACACUGCACUACUGCACUCUUAUGCGAUAACGAUGUUUAACUUCUUUUUUUAUUAAGAAUUUUUUUCUUUUUCUUCGUUUACGAGGUUUACACACUACGCCAUUACCACAGUCCACAGUUCACACUGUUCACAGAUAAAAUGAUGCGAAGAGCUCACAUAAGAGAUUAUUAUGAUCCACCGCCUUCAAAGAGUUUGCAUGGUAGCGAGCUUAUUCAAAUAGAAGAUGAAGAUUUGCCAGAACAUCUAAAAGAUAAGGUGAAUAUUUUGAAGUCUCUCUCAAUUGAUAUCGGUUCAGAAUUAAAAUCCCAGGACCGCUUACUAAGAGAUAUGGAUUACGAUUUGGAAACCACCGGAGGAUUUUUGAGUAACACACUUGGUCGAGUUACAAGACUUUAUGGUUAUAGUGGUGGCUACAACAAACUAUACCUAAUCUUAUUUAGUUUGAUAGUUUUUUUUAUAUUAUACAUAUUUUUAAAAUUGAAAUAAAAAUCUGUAA